GCCAAGCGAACGAUAGCUACUGACUCAGACGUGCGGAAAAUUCCAGGAUUGUAAGAUUCGUGCCCUCCGUUAACGUUCAAAUCAUUCGCAUGGGCCAGAAUCCGAGAGUGCGCGUCUGUGUGUUAGAUGCCCUCAUAAUAGUACACUCGGGUGGUAAUGCGAAUAAGUCACAGAGCCAACAUACCAACAGUCGUUAUACCGAGUUUGAUUUCCUUGGCAGGAGAAGAAUUAGGGAUACAUUGAUGGAUUUUCAAGUUAAAGUAGGUGAAUUUCAUUGCAAUCUAGGGCGUGCAUUUAGUUUAUGUCCUUUGCCGUAUGUUUAUUUCGUCAUUUUUCUCUUUUCCUGUUAAUCGGCCUUUUCAAACCAACAGAGUUAGGUUCUAGAUCGAA